AUGUCUGAAGAGAAGAAGGACGCCUUGAAGCCCGUAGUGGUUUGUGGGCCAUCUGGAGUUGGCAAGGGUACUCUUAUUGAUAUGCUCAUGAAGAGGUUUCCCAAUGAGCAGCUUGGAUUUUCGGUUUCGCAUACCACACGUCCUCCCCGUGAAGGGGAAGUCGACGGGAAGCAUUACAACUUUACCACGGUGGAACAGAUCAAGAAGGAUAUUGAUGCUGGGAAAUUCAUCGAAUAUGCGGAGGUCCACGGCAAAUACUACGGCACUAGUAUCGAGGCUGUGGAAUCUGUCCAGAAGGAUGGCAAAAUCUGCAUCUUAGAUAUUGAUGUACAGGGAGCUGAAAAGGUUAAAAAGAGCAGUCUCGAGCCCAUUUACAUUUUCAUUGCCCCUCCUUCUCAAGAAGAACUCGAAAAGAGAUUGCGAGGACGUGGUACUGAAACGGAAGAAGCCAUCAAGACUCGUCUGGGAAAUGCUGCCAAAGAACUGGAAUACGGACGAAAUGCGGGCAAUUUUGAUCGCAUCUUUGUCAAUGCCGAUUUGAAAGCUACCUUUGAAGACAUUGCAUCGGCCUUUAAGGAAUGGUACCCCCAUUUGAACGAAGUGGCUCCCGAUGACGAGGAGAAAAAUUGUGCGUGUGUCAUUUCCUAG